AUGGUAAGAAGAGGAAUCUAAGAGGCUUUUUGAUUAUUGGUAGACGAUUUUAGUUAGUUUUAUUAAGAUUUGUCAGCAAGAAUUAUAUUAUACAUCACAUCUGGUAUGAAAUUUUUAAUUUCAGGACCGGCCUCGCCCUCAACACUUUCGCCCACGAGGCGGGAACCCCGGCCGAGGCAGAGGACAGCCCUAUCGAGGCCAUCGACCCCACCCAUACGCCCCACCAAGCCGUCCACCCCGCCCGAAUCCACCCCCACCAAAACGAACCCCCACCCCCACGCAACAACAGGCCGGUCAAAUCGCCCAACAGCAGGCACAACGGACCAAAAAUACGAUGGAAUUGAACCUGCAUAAAAAGAAGACCUUCCGGAAUACGAUGAAAACUUGCAUCGAAGCCGCAAAGUUGUUGGCCAAACAGAAGAAUGACCCGGAUUUUUCCAAGAAUUUCGCGGCUUUGCAAAGCAAAUUGGAUGAGCUGAUCUAUGUGAAGCCGGAUCAAGCCACCAUGACCAUUCAACAGGAGCUGGAUUUGGUCAGGAUGGUCAUAGAGUUUUAUAAGGUAGAUUGCUUGGACUUUUGAGGUUUUUUCGGUGUUUUGAAGGAUUUAAUUGAGCUCGUGUGGUGUUUGAAGCCAUGUGGAGCAUUUGUGAUUCUUUUUGAUUCUAUAAUUUGAAAUUUUUUCCGGAUUUUUGUGCUAAUUUUUGAAAUUUUGGGGUUUUGAUGAACCCAUUUAAUGCCUAAAACAAGGAAAUAAGCAUGCUCAGAUUUCCUUUUACUCAGAUUUCCAAAGCGCGCCCGUUCUUUUUGUGACGGAACCCUUCAAAACGAAGUUUUUUCGCUUGGAGAGGGAAGCAUUUUGCCACAUUUUUGAUACUUCCCGGAUACAAAGUGGUACGUUUUUUGUCACUGGAUCAGGUCCCCCCACUGUAAAUAAACCUAGACGUGGAAGUGUCAACCGCGGGAUCCUGAACACGUAUUAGGUUGUCCAGAAAGUUCGGUCGUUUUUUUAUUGCUUUGUUUUACAAAGAUUGUUUGUUGUUUGGCAAAGCAAAUAUAUUUAUUUGAUACAGCUUUUUCUCCCCUGCAAAACUGUGUUUUUAGUUUUUUUUUUGAAAAUUUAAUUUUUGAUUUUUUUUCGGGUGCGGUAAACGCAAAUUUUUGCCUGCUGGGUAGUUCACUUUUGAAAAUAAUAAAAAAUUUAAUUUUCAAAAAAAACGAAAAACACAGUUUUGUAGAGGAGAAAAAACUGUAUCAAAUAAAUAUAUUUGCUUUGCCAACCAACAAACAAUCUUUGUAAAACAAAGCAAUAAAAAAACGACCGAACUUUCUGAACAACCUAAUACGUAUUCAGGAUCCCGCGGGUGACACUUCCACGUCUAGGUUUAUUUACAGUGGGGGACCUGAUCCAGUGACAAAAAACGUACCACUUUGUAUCCAGGAAGUAUCAAAAAUGUGGCAAAAUGCUUCCUCCAAGUGAAACAACUUCGUUUUGAAGGGCUCCGUCACAAAAAGAACGGGCGCGCUUUAGAAAUCUAAGUUUUUCACAUGGAGAGGGAGGUAUUUUGCCACAUUUUUGAUACUUUCUGGAUGCAAAAUGAUACGUUUUUUGCCACUGGAUCAGGUCCCCCGCUGUAUGCUUAUUUCCUUGUUUUAGGCAUCAAAUUGGUUCAUCAAAACCCCAAAAUUUCAAAAAUUAGCACAAAUAUCGGGAAAAAAUUUCAAAUUCUUGUUUCAGGAUCCCGCGGUUGACCCCUCCAUCCGCUACGACUGCUUCUACACCAUUUUCCUGGCCAGAGAAGCGCAGCCUCGGCUGCACGAACGCCGAAUCUCCGUCCUGACCCGCCUCUGUUCCAUCGCUCUUCAACUGGAAGUGUUCCCGAUCUUUGAUGACCUCGCCACAUACUGGCUGAAAAACCCCGCGGAUCCGUCGAUUUCUCUGGUCACGGAACGUCUCAUCAACGAUUUCGUCAAACCCCCUCCGGCAUAUUCAAUCUUCAUGGGGUUGUUGCCGUUGAGAGAGAAGGCAUUGGAAUUUUCCUGCAUUUUCCUGUCCCACGGGAUAAACGCUGAUGUUUAUGGACCACAAAUUGUCACCAUUGUGGGGCAGUGGCUGACCGAAGAUCUCACGGACACGCUGGAGUUUUUUGGAGAGCAUCCGGCGCUGGCAAAGCGGUUUGGGGAAACGGUAAGGGGAAAUGGGAAGGUAGAGGGGUCUAGGGAAUGAAUCUGACAAAAAACUUACCAUUUUGCCCCCGGGAAGUAUCAUAAAUGUGGCAAAAUGCUUCCCUCUCCAAGUGAAAAAACUCCGAUUUCACAGCUUUUUUGCCGCCACCGAUCGGUCCCGAUUUUCGCUCAAAAUGACAACAGGGCUGCGCGCCUCAGCUGAUAACUACAGUGGGGCGGAUCCAAUGGAAAACGUCUCAUUUUGCAUCCCGGAAGGGACUAGAAUGUCUCCAAACCUUUCCCUUCUCUAAGCUAAAAAACCCCGCUUUGAAUUGCCCGCCUUGAAGGAAAGGGCGCGGUCCCUCACUGUAGCUAGCCCGAAAAUGAAAAAGAGUAAAAAUUGGUUUUUAGUACAAAAUUUCAAGUUUUUUUUAUUCAUGGAUAAAUGCACUUUAUCAGGGUGUAAUUGUCAAAAGAUGGUAACAUUCCAUAGCACAUUGCCUCUUGUAUGGAAUAUCCAAAAAUAAGGAAAACUCCGGCCCUUAGGGCACUACAAAAUCCAAAAAACAGCCAAAAAAGCGUUUUUGCAUGUUUUUCGGGAUUUUUUCGCGAUUUCAAAAGCGCUCAUUUUCUUCUUGUGAUGAAAAAGAGCGCGCCCUUCAAAAUAGUUUUUUAACUUGAAGAGGGAAGCAUUUUGCCACGUUUUUGGUGCUUCCCGGAUGCAAAAUGGUACGUUUUUCGCCACUGGAUCAGGUCCCCCAAUGUAUAAUUUUCUCCAAAAAAAUUGCCACGCAUGUCUAGUGCAAUAUAUUUUUUUGAUUUUUUGGUAAAAUAAUAUUGUCACUACCCUUCUUGGAUCACAAGGAGCUUAUUCAUUGAUCCAGGUCGUGUAUUUUCAUUUUUAACAGCCCUUUUUCAGACCCUUCCACUUCUUGUUCAAUGGGAUGUGGAUCAAGAAAAUUCCUCGGAAGAAACGGACCGUUUCCACUGCGCAAUCACCGGCCUGAUUGUGUUCUGGCCGCAGAAAAAGAACCCGCUUUCGCUCGACGUAUUCAUUAACCUUAUUUCCACGGCGGAUUCCCUUCAACCCCGCCAAAUCACCCGACUUUUGGCCAAUUCAACGAACGCCAUAAACACUGGCAUGUUCCCAACUCAGCGAUUUAUAGAGACGUUCGCAAACGCUGCGACUCCAAAGGUUUUGAGGCAAUCGCCAUUUGCCGAAUUGAUCGAGAAAUCGUUCGAAAACAAAUUCCACUUCUAA